AGCCAACCCAAUUGUGCACCUUAUAAAGCCAUGGGUUGACAGUCCCUGGCCGACCAUUCAAAUGGAGGCGAUUGCCACUUGGACACUGGCCCUGCUGCGGCUGCUGCAGCUGCUCAGCUGGAGCACUGCGAUGGGACGCUACUCCCUGGGCACAGAGAAGGAGCAGGAGCAGGAGCAGCGCCCCCUGUGGAUUCUCGAGGAUGGGCUGGCGAAGCGGCAGCGGGAGGAGCGUGCUGACUCGGACUAUGCGACCACAACCAGGAGGCCUGUGGGAUGGCGACGAAAUGAUCGCCAGCCGGGCUCCAUUACCUUUCUGGUGCGGCACGAGGAGCGUUCCGCUGUGGCUCCAGCUCCAGCUGCGACUCGUGGUACGCUGCCACAGCGACGGUUCAUGAUGCCGCAUCGCCUGCAGCUGCCCCACCAGUAUGUGCAGCCGCGCAGAACGAGUCCGGGCAGGAGCAGGGGCAGAAACCAUCGCAGGCUGAGCCAGCAGCGCCGGCGGCUGCCCGUCUUCGACAAUGGACCGGGUGACAAUGUGCUGGCGGGGGCGGAGCACCCAAUCUUCGUGUACAAUGGCACCAGGGGCGAGAUGAUCCUCAACACCAUGCUGAGCGCUCGGCGGUAUCCCAUGCAGGAGCCGGUGCCCGGCCAGGUGCUCUAUCCCCCCUCGACGCCCAUGUUCCGGCCAAAGCCAAUUGUCGAGCGGUUCCGAAUGCCCGGCCAACGGCAGCUGCUCAACCUCACGCUCAUUCCCUUCUACGCCCACGAGGCCAUCACCCCCAGCACCAGCACCAGCACAACCACAACGGAGCUGCCACCGACCACGCCCAUGCCAGCGCCCUACGAGACGCAGCUGCCGCGCAGCCAAAAGAAACGGAAGAGGAAGGAGAAGAAGGCCAAGCAGUACAACGCCUUCCACUCGCCCCAGGAGGUGGUCCAAUGGCAGACGGUGCUACGGCGAUCCACUGGAGACAAUCACCGCCAGAGCUCGGACACCGAGGGCGAGUCUCCUGCAGAGGAGGAGCAGGAAGAGAACGAGGUACUGCUGCCAGAGCAUGACUGGCAGGCGGAGGAGGAUGAUGCGCUGGUGGAGAGUGUGGAAGAGCAGGAGCAGAUCGAGCAGCAGGAAACAUCCACAGCCAGCCCAAGCAGCGUCAGUCCCUUCCAGAUCGUCUACUUCGAUGAGAGUCUGGAACGACCCGAGGCCGACAUGCUGGACAGCACCACCAGCCCACCUCCACAGCGGCUGAGCUCCCGCUAUGCCCUGAAGCGGGAAUACUACGCCUUUCCGGUCUACACGCUGGGCAAGCUCCUGCAGCCACAGUCCCAGGCGGAGGAGGAGCAGCCGAAGAUCGAUCGAUCCGCGAGAAGCUCCUCUGAGCAUGCACCCAGCACUUGGUUCAUCCUGAAUUCGCGCUACAAGGGACCGCAUCACAGAUGGCCAGGCACGGGCGUGGACAACCAAACGAAGUACUACACAUCCAAGUACAUAGAGAAUGCAUUCAGGCCACGAUAG